AUGUUCCAGCGUCUUGUGAACUUUUGGCUUUCUUCCUUUGUCACUGAAAGAUUAUUGGCCAGUCCGUUGUUCCACCGCAUGGCACAGAAAACUCAUCAGCAUGUGUCGUCCAUUACCGAUAAAGGCACCAAAACCGGCAGUGAAUUCAUCAAGGCCUUCAAGGAAAACUUGGAAAAGGAGAGCAAGAAUGUCCGUAUGAAGUGA